AUGCCGAGUUAUGUGUCGCCUCGCACACAUCAACCCACGCCUCCAAGUCCCUGCCAUCAUCAUCUCCAACCUCGAGUCGGGGCUGGUCUUGCUCUCGUUGCUGCGUUCGACACCAUUAUAGACUUGCAGUACUUUCGUCGCACAUCCCAGACAGCGGACAUGGUGUACCAGGAAAUGAUUACGUGCGGCCCUUACGGACAGGCUUCGGUUGCGCUUCAGGCUUCGGACAAGGCUGUUCAAGCUGGGAGCUUUACAGCGCAUGAUUUCGAUCAACUCCUGACUGCGAGAGCAGCUGGUCUCUUUGCUUUUAUCGGCCAUUUCACCGGUCUUCUUGGAUGA